CUGUAAAUAUUAGUAUACUGCCAAACAUCAGCUGUCGCAACAAUAAGAACAGGACCUGACAUGAGGAGGACGGCCGACUUGGUUUAACGUCUCCACCAGUCAGCAGCACACUGUCUCUUCAGGAACAAUGGAGCAAAACCAACCAAACUGGGUUAAUGAAGAAUUAUUACAGUCGGCUCUCUCAGAGGAUACCAAGGACCUGUAUGAUGUUCAAGUAAAAAAUGAUGGAGUUGAGCCGUUCUUCUUAGUGGAGCCAGUUGUUGAUGAAGAAUUAUUACAGUCGGCUCUCUUACAGGGUAACAUAAACCUGAAUGAUGUUCAAGUAAAAAAUGACGGAGUUGAGUCGUCCAUGUUAGUGGAGCCAGUUGUUGAUGAAGAAUUAUUACAAUCGGCUCUCUUGCAGGGUAACAUAAACCUGAACAAUGGUCAAGUAGAAGAUGACGGAGUUGAACCAUUCCUUUUAGUGGAGCCAGUUGUUGAUGAAGAAUUAUUACAGUCGGAUCUCUUACAGGGUGACAUGAAUCUGAAUGAUGUUCAAGUAAAAAAUGACGGAGUUGAGCCAUUCCUCUUAGUGGAGCCAGUUGUUAAUGAAGAAUUAUUACAGUCAGUUGUCUUAGUUGAUAAAAUGAACCUGGACGAUGUUCAUGUAAAAAAUGACAAUAUAGAGCCAGUUGCUGAUGAAGAAUUAUUACAGUUGGCUGUCUUAGUGGAUAAAAUUAACCUGGACGAUGUUAAUGUAAAAAAUGACAAAGUAGAGCCAGUUGUUAAUGAAGAAUUAACAAGGUCUGUUAUUGUAGAGGAUAAUAAAAACCUGCAUAAUAUUCAUACUGAACAUGACAAAGAGGAACCAACUGUUGAGUCUGAAAAUGACAGUUCCAGCAUACUGAAUAGUGUUGAGGUUGAAUUGGACAAUAACACUGAAGAAAGUACAACGUCAAAGUCAAUGACAAUGAAAGGACCUCUAAUAGAUGGCCAUUAUUUUAAAAACAUGUUGGAUAGUGACAAGUUAGACAAAAAUCAAUUUAAUUUUUACAGGUAUAUUUUUCCUCAGAUUGAUGAUAUAUUUAAACGAAAGUUUGGUCCCAAGGUUCAUUUGUCCAAAUUAGAUAAUAUCUUGAUGAUGGAAGAUAUAAUAGGAUCAGGUUAUGUAAUAUGCAAUCGCAUCAAACAACUGGACUAUCCUCACUGCAAACAAGCAAUAGAGACACUUGCCUGGUUUCACGCUGCGACUAUUGUUCUUCAUAGUGAAAACCCUGAACUAGUUGAACGUAAUGGAAGUGAACCUGUAUAUAAUGAUGCAUUCAUAGGGGAAACUAAACUAUCUCUCACUUACAGAUCACAGUUGACUGCUGUUGCUGAUAUGAUCAAAUAUUGCGAUGGGCUGGAAUCUCUCUCAUCGGCCAUCCAUAGCCACAGAGAUUCCCUUGUACAAACUAUAGUAGACAUAUUCAAACAGAGAAGAAAGUUUACUGUCUUAAAUCAAGGAGACUUUUGGACCAAUAAUAUUUUAUUUAUUUACGAAGAUGGAAAUGUUGCAGACUGUAAAAUAAUGGAUUUCCGAUUAAGAAGAUUUGGAUCUCCAGCAAUAGAUCUCUGGCACUUCGUAAUGACAAGUCCUAAUAGUGAUGUAGAUCUCAUGAAAUUGUUUAAAAUUUACAUUGAGAAUUUGAAUAAAUUUUUAACUGAGCUAGAUUGUUUAAUAACAUACACUUUAGAAGACCUGAAAAAAGAGUUGAAGCACUUUCUUCCUUGGGCUUUGACUGUUGUGGUUUCUUACUUGCCUUUAAUAUUAAAUGACAAUUCAUCUUAUAGUGAAAACAUUCUGGAUCUAGAUAGUGUGAACGUUGAAGAAGAUCUGUAUUUGAAACCAAUGCUUGGUAGCACAUACAUGAGACGAUUACGUCAUGUCUGUGAGCAUUUAAUUUCAUUUGGAUUGGUUGAUUAUUUGAUAAAUAAUAAAAUAGAAAAUUAGGACAUAAACUAGUUUUAACUUAAAGAUGAUUAAACAAUAAAACUGUAUUUUAUGCAUGUGUGAUUUUUAACAGAUGAAUAGAUUGUCAUCAUACGUAGCUGACUAAUUCUAGAUUAAUUGUAAUGUAUAAUUUUAUUAUGUGUACGUGUUGUACUUUAUCAAGUUGUGUUAAUAACAAUUUUAUUCAAUCAAUGCUUGUUACGAUUUAUAGUAUAACAACAUUGUUUCUGAAUAUUUAUUGUAUGUAGUAUAUUGUAGGCAAUAUUUUACCAUGUUUUACUAUGUUAUCUAAAGCCGAAGUCUUUUUAUAGAAAGCAUUUUGAAUGUAAAGUAUAAAUAAUGUAUUAGUGUGUAAAGUAUAGCUUAGAAUAUAAAGUAAAUUAUAUAAUUGAUAUAAGCAGGCUGUUUUAUUCAUGAAAAACAUUAAACAUACUCUAAAAUGCUGUAAAUUUAUACUAUUGUAACUACAAUAAGGCUUGUUAAUACUGUAAUGCUUUUACUUAACUUAAUUAUAUGAUGAUAGUGUGCUCACACCAAUUGAUAAAUUUCAAAAGAAAAUUUUGGUAAUGCAGAUUAAAAUUUUAUCAAAUUUAAAGAAUUUUUAGAGGAAAUUUGUUUGUGACAUUAUUACUAGAACUAUAUCCACAAUGUAGUAAAAGCUGUGAUCCUGUUUCACUGAAAUAUUUUUAUGUUUUUAUAUGGGCACACAAUUUUGUUUCAUCUCUAUCUUCAUGUUAGUAAAUACGUUGUCCAUAUUUUAUCUGUAUAUAAUGUAAUAAUAACAUUAUUUAUUGAAUAGUAAUUUUUUAACAAAGUAUAAA